AUGGAAGCAGAGGUGCCAAGAUUUGUUCUCCUUGAAGGAACAAUAGAUGACCUCAUAGAUGAGCAAGAAAACAAAAACACGAGUGCAAAGACUGACAGAAGCGUAAGCCUGCUAACAACCUUCCUUCAAAGGGAGGAAGAGAUCAGAAACGUUGAAGAAAUACCUCCUGCUCAACUCAAUGAAUUGCUGAGCGAGUUCGUACUCACUGUCAGUCUGACAGUGAGUCACUGUCAUCUUUGGUUCUGAACCAAAGAUGACACUCAUUUCGAGCCCACAUUACUGCGAGGUAAGAUUGCCAGUUUUGAACGAUACCUCAAACGGAAAAACUAUCAAGCUGGUAUCAUCAACAAUUUAGUGUUUGAGAAAACUCGCAAA